AUGCGAGAUUUUGAUGUAAUUCUAGUCAUGGAUUGGCUAUCUGCCAACUAUACAAGUAUAGACUAUUCCCACAAUGAGAUAGUUUUUAACCCUCAUUCAGCGAUUAGUUUCAAGUUUAAGGGGGUAAAGACUGUGGUCUUACUCAAAGUUAUCUCAGCUAUGAAGGCUAGUAAGCUACUCAACAGGGUGGUGAGAGAAUAUCCCGACAUUUUUCCUAGUGAGCUUUCAGGACUUUCACCUCCCAGGAAGAUUGAUUUUGCUAUUGAGUUAGAGCCAGACACUGCUCCAAUAUCUAGAGCCCUUAAUAGAAUGGCCCUAACUGAACUGAAAGAGCUGAAGGUCCAGUUACAGGAGUUGUUAGAGAUCGAGCAUGAGGAACAUUUACAUCAAGUUUUGGGAACUCUACGAGCAAAUAAGUUAUAUGCUAAGUUUUCCAAAUGUGACUUCUGGCUGAAGAAGGUGUCUUUUCUUGACCAUGUGGUGUCUAGUGAGGGAGUUUCUAUGGAUCCAACCAAGAUUGAAGUUGUUACCAGUUGGCCUCGACCUUCUACAAUUGGUGAGGAGCUUGAGCAAAAGCUUGUGACUGCACUAGUCCUUAUAGUACCAGAUGGGUCUGGAAGCUUUGUGAUCUACAAUGAUGCCUCCAAGAAAGGACUGGGUUGUGUUUUAAUGCAGCAAGAAAAAGUGGUUGCUUAUGCCUCUCGUCAAUUGAAGAGCCAUAAGCAGAACUACCCUACCCUCGAUUUAGAGUUGGUAGCAGUAGUUUUUGCACUGAAGAUAUGGAGACAAUACUUGUAUGGGGAGAAGAGAAGAUGGCUGGAGCUAGUAAAGGACUAUGAUUGUGAGAUUCUGUAUCACCCAGGUUCGGCGAAUGUGAUAGCUAAUGCGCUUAGUAGGAAUGUGUCACAUUCAGCAACACUUAUUACUGAGCAGACCCCUUUGCUUAGAGACUUUGAGAAAGCUGAAAUUCACCACCUGGCAGAAGCAGGGCAAGGUGAGGAGUUCUCCAUAGCCUCUGAUGAUGGACUUAUGUUUGAAAGGUGUUUAUGCAUCCCAACAGACAUUGCAGUUAAGAUUGAGCUUUUGACUGAGGCCCAUAGUUCUCCAGUUUCUAUGCAUCCUGGUAGUACAAAGAUGUACCAGGAUCUGAAGUGUGUCUAUUGGUGGAGAAAUAUGAAGAGAGAAGUGGCAGACUUCGUCAGAAAAUCCACCUACACUGCCAGUAAGUGGGGUCAGUUAUAUAUGAUGAAGAUAGUAAAGCUACAUGGAGUGUCUAUACCUAUCAUUUCUGACAGAGAUGCUCGUUUCACAUCAAAAUUCUGGAAAGCACUUCAGCUUGCAUUGGGCAUGAGGUUAGAUUUUAACAUAGUCUUUCAUCUUCAGACUGAUGGUAAAACAGAGAGGUUGAACCAAAUUUUGGAAAAUAUGCUGCGAGCUUAUGUAGCACCUAUGAAGGGUGUUUUGAGGUUCGAGAAAAAGGGAAAGCUAAGUUCAAGUUUUGUAGGGCCAUUUGAGAUACUUGAGCGGGUUGGCCCCAUAGCUUAUCGCUUGGCAUUGCCCCCAUCAUUUUCUGCAGUUCAUGAUGUGUUCCAUUUCUCUAUGCUAAGGAAGUAUGUAGUAGAUCCAACGCAUGUGGUUGAUUUUGAACCUUCGAAAAUUUAUGAGUACUUGAGCUAUAAGGAGCAACCCGUUGAGAUUUUGGCAAGAGAGAUCAUGAUGCUUCGUAAGAGAGAAAUUGCACUGGUCAAAGUCCUUCGACAAAACCACGGAGUUGAAGAGGCCACUUAG